AAUUUAAUUAUUACUAUAACCUGCAAGGUAGACCCAUCUAGUUCCAUUCAUGGAUCCCAAGCAGCCUAACAACAACAAUAUUAAGCCUACUCAUGAUCAGAUAAAAGACUUGCAGAUUUUGAAAAAUGAUGAAACCAAGAAACAGCAGCAGGUGGCUGCUCCUAAAAGAAAAGAUAGGCAUACCAAAGUUGAAGGUAGAGGGAGGAGGAUACGUAUGCCUGCUCUAUGUGCAGCAAGAAUCUUUCAACUUACGCGCGAAUUGGGUCAUAAAUCUGAUGGUGAGACAAUUCAGUGGCUGCUGCAGCAAGCCGAGCCUUCGAUUAUUGCUGCUACUGGCACAGGGACAAUUCCUGCAUCGGCUUUAGCUGCAGCAGCAUCUGUUUCUCAACAGGGGAUCUCUGUAUCAGCUGGUUUAAUGAUUGAAUCGGGGGCGAAUAUCGCGGGGUCAGGUAGCAGUAGAAGUAGUAAUAGUAGGACCAAUUGGCCAAUGAUCUGUGGGAAUUUUGGAAGACCCCAUUUGGCUACAGUAGGAAUAUGGCCUGCCCCUGCCCCUGUUGUCACUAGUUUUGGGUUUCAGUCCUCAUCUGCUCCAUCAAGCGCCAGUUUAGGCAGUGAAAGUUCAAACUAUUACUUACAGAAAAUUGGGUUUCCUGGAUUUGAUCUGCCUGCAGCUACAAAUAUGAAUCCUAUGAGUUUUACUUCAAUUCUUGGUGGAAGUAACCAGCAACUGCCAGGAUUGGAGCUUGGAUUAUCUCAAGAGGGUCAUUUAGGGGUUUUGAACCAGAUAUACCAGCAGGAAAGAAUGCAACAUCCGCAGCAGCAACAACAAGAUCAGCAUCAGCAUCAGCAUCAACAACAAUCUCCGGAGGAUGAUUCUCAAGGAUCAGGACAUUAAAGCAUCCUUCAGAUAAAAGACCUGAGUUAGGUUAUUUUGGUGAAUGAGUUUUCAUUUGUUAGGAGGUGUAUUGAUUAUAAGUUAAAAGCCAUCCAUCUUUUUGUUAUUCAUUCGCCCUUUAUAUAUGAGUGGUGUGCUUAUAUCUUGCUUGCUGAAA